GGAUUCUAGUUUUAUCCUCAUUUCUUAUCAUCAUCUCACUCCCAAAGUUCCAACUCCAAGCUGAGUUUGUGUCUUUCAGUUGAAAUCGUAAUUCAGAACAAGAAAAACGAUAAAAGUGAUAAGAGAAUCUUUUUCUCUUCCUUCUCAAAACUAAAUCAGUUCUGUGCUUACCUUUUAUUUCCCAUCCUAAGUGAUUAUUUAAAAAGUUAAUCAAUGUCUCCACAAUCAACAGAAAAUCAAUCGAUUCCAAGAAAGUGCAGAGAAAGAAAAAAAUUCUAGAAAUAGAAUCAAAACUUCAAAAGUUACUCGAAAACUUUUUUUUUCUAUUUGUUUCCAAUCCUUUUAUCAAUUGAAUUGGAAACAAAAAUAGAGAAAAAAAAAUCCAAUUGAAUUGAGUUUGAUUAACAUACUUAUUAAGAUGUAGGAAGAAACUAAUAUAACAAAAUGAAUUGUAAACUAAUCACAAUUCAACAGUCAGGAUAAUGUUUGGCAACAAUCAAAUUGAUUUGCUACAAACAACUCGCAUGAUAAUGAUUAUAUUAAAUGGUCAGUUAAGUGAUGUUUUCUGUUGUCUCUUAAUCCAUCAAUUCCCACCCAGAAUUCACUCCUUAUCCUCCUUGUUAUCAUUAUCCUCGUCUUCCUAUCAACAUUUAACCAACCAUUUAUUGUCGUGACUUUUUAACAACAAGCAAUAACAAUCAGUGAUAAUCCAACUGAAUAUAAUGUUAUUAACUACAACACCAGUCAACUUAUCAUCAAAUGGAUAUUCAAUCAUUCAUUAAGUUAAUCAUCAUGUUAUCAUUAGUAGUUGAAUUAACAAUGUAUAAAAAUUGUGCCAAGUUUUCAUCUCUCAAUGUAUUUGAUUGUAGUUAAUUAUCACAAUUAGGAUGCUAAAGUUUCAAGUGACCCCGAAGGUUAUAAAUAUGAAGUCUAUUGAAAAAAAGGUGAUAAACUCAUCACCCUUAUCAACAUCAUUAUCAUGUUAUCAUUAUCAAAAUGAUGAAAUCCCUUGUUGGUUAGAUAACAAGGGAAACGGAAAUGAUGAAUGGAGUUGUUUCAAUGUCUCUUUUAAUUCUAACUCAUUCUGCUCGAGGCGAUCAUCGCCAUUUUCAUCAUUUUCAUCAUCAUCAUCAUCUUCAUUUAGAAAUACUUAUCAACAUAAUUGUAAAUCAGCUUCACGUUCAAUCAUCAUUCAAAUUUUAUCAGUUUUAAUUGUGAUUAUCUCUUUCAAUCCAAUGUGCCAAAGUGUUUAUGGUUUAUCAUCACCAUCAACUCAGCCUGGAACUUCAUUAAAUUUCAACAAACAAUCGGAAAGACGAUUCAGCUCCAGAAUUGUUACAACCAAAUACGGUGCUCUGAGGGGUUUCAUCGUGGACUUACCGGAAGGUAAUCUUCAGCCAGUCGAGGUUUUCUUAGGUACUCCAUAUGCCAGUCCACCGGUGGGUAAGCUAAGGUUUAUGCCUCCAGUUACACCGGCUCAUUGGAAUGGUGUUAAAAGUGCCCAUUCACCUGGUCCAGUGUGUCCACAAAAUUUACCCAACAUUUCAAACACCACGGAAGCUUUGAAAACAAUGACCACUGGUCGCCUUCGGACACUCAAACGUCUCAUUCCACUUUUGCUCAAUCAAAGUGAAGAUUGUCUUUAUCUUAAUAUUUUUACACCUUAUCCAUCUUCUGUUGAAAUUUCCAAGUUACCUGUUAUCGUUUUCAUACAUGGUGAAUCUUAUGAAUAUAAUUCUGGCUCAAGUUAUGAUGGGUCAGUAUUGGCCAGUUAUGGGAACGUUGUAGUGGUCACCAUUAACUAUCGCCUUGGAGUAUUGGGCUUUUUCCCAGCACUUGAUGGCUCUUCUCGGGGUAAUUUUGGACUCAUGGAUCAAGUAGCGGCUCUUCAUUGGGUCCAAGAAAAUAUCGCUGAGUUCGGAGGAGACUCUGGUAAUGUUACCGUUCUUGGACAUGGUCAAGGAGCGGCUUGUAUCAAUAUCCUCAUGUUAUCACCAAUGGCCAAAGGGCUUUUUCAUCGAGCCAUCAUGCAUAGUGGAACUGGAUUAUCUCCUUGGGCUAUGGCUUCAGAUGCAGUUGAUUAUUCAAGGAGACUCGCAGUUCAAGUGGGCUGUUUACCUUUGGGGGGUCAGGGUGAUAAUUACCAUCAGUCUGGAGGGAAUGAUAAUCUUCAUAAUGUUGAUUAUGGUUCACAAAUGAUUGAUUGUUUACGAGGCAAAGACUUUCGUGAUUUAAUCCUGUCCGAUAUUCCAGUUCCCUCUCAACUGACCAGUCUUGGUCCAACGAUAGACGGCAUUGUGAUACCAGAUAUUCCUGGAAAUUUAAUGAAUUCUGCUCAAUAUAAUCAACUUUUCGGUAAUAUCGAUCUUCUAAUUGGAACAACCAGUCGGGAAUAUUUUAAAUUUACUGGGAAUGAAGAAUCAAGUGGAAUCGAACCAGAAAAACAGAAUAAAAUAGUUCGAACCUUGGUUCGUAAUCUGUAUAAUUUUCAUCUCCAGGAAAUAUUUCAUACAAUUUUCAAUGAAUACACUGAUUGGACCAAAUAUGAACACACCCUGAAGGACAAUCUUCAAGCAACAAGUGAUAUAAUUAGUGAUGGAACUGUAAUAUCCCAAGCCAUUAAAGUCGCUCAACUACAUUCAAAAUUAUCUUCAUCCUCAGCUCAUACCACUUAUUUAUAUACAUUUGAAUAUUCAACCAAAGGAGAUUAUCAUUCAUCUGAAGGUUGUGUUCAUGGUGAAGAUUUGGCUUAUAUUUUUGGUUCGCCUUUAAUUGACCCAACGAUGAGUUUGGGAUAUUUUAUUUCUGAUUAUACUCCAGAGGAAACUGAGCUAUCAGCUCGUUUAAUCACCUAUUGGACCAAUUUUGUCAGAACUGGACGAGUUGAUGAUUCCCGUUCAACAAGUAAAAGUGAUUAUAAUCAUGGUGAUAAUCAUGGUGAUAAUGGAUAUGAAUCAAAACCAUCAUCUCUGAAAGAAAUCAUUUCAUGGCCUCAAUAUGAUGAACGAAGUCAAAAAUAUCUAUCAAUAAAUUUAGAACCAAUAGUUAAGGACCAUUACCGAGCUCAUCAGCUGAGUGUUUGGCUGAAUUUAAUUCCAAAAAUUCAUCUACCUGGACCUGGACCAUUAACCUACCAGCAUCAUCUUUUAACUGACCAUGAUGACCUAUCAACCUAUGAUGGUUUUGUGAGGUCAACGGCAAGUUUUGCUCAAGCAAUGAUGAGAGGGUUAACAUCAUCUCCAUCAUCUAGUGGUCAUCUAUCAAUUGAAGGAUCACCUUUAGAUACUUUAAGUAAUAAUAAUCAUUAUCUAUCUCAAAGUCAUGGAUCAGAUAAUGAUCAUCGAAAUCAACUCACCUCAUCUUGGCCUGGAUCAACUCAAAUAUACGGAACCGGAUCUAGUUUAAUGGCUACAAGUCCAGUAUCUGUGAUAAAUAAUACAAAUAGUCAUGAUAAUAGUAACCCUAACAAUCAACCAAAUAAUAGUAAUCUACCAUUUUCUCAGCAACAGCAAUUUAGUGAUCAACAGAAAGUUAAAUCAAUGUUACCUCAGUCAACGUCCAGAUUAUCAAAUGGAUUGAAACAGAUUAAGGAUGAAUCAUCAUCAUCUCAAUCGUCAUCAUCUUCAUGGGAAGAUUCAUUUCAUUUUAAAUGGAAUGGUCCAUAUUCAACAGCCUUAAGUGUAACGAUUGCCAUUGGAUUUACAUUUUUAAUCCUCAACGGGUUAAUAUUAGCUGCCUUUUUUUAUAAAAGAGGUAGACCCAGUCAACUAACUCAAAGUGUUAAUGAUUCAUCAACAAUUAAUGAUAAAUCAAGGGCGAUUUCAAAUCAUCCACCAACAAACCAUUUCAAUGAUUCAAUUAAUAACAACAAUAAUAAUAGUAAAAAACAAGGAGGAAAUGGUGGUGGUCAUCAUCAACACCAUCAUCAUCAUCAUCAUCAACACAACAAUCAACAUCCUCAACAGCAAAUUGUACAUGGACAAAAUCAAAGACAAUCAUCACUACCAGAAUCACCAUUUAAAUUGUCCACACCCAAUUCAGGGAUAAACAUAAUGUCCACUCCACUUGGACUCAUCUCUACAACCGGUGAAGGAUUAGGAAUGGGAGGAGGAGGAAGAACCGGAAGUCCAUCCAUUAAAGCUGAUGUUAAUACUGGUUAUCAUCCUGUUGAUUAUAUUGCCUCUCAUACUGGACUUAUGUCACUUAACAGUGAUUUAACAGCUGAUCUACUGGAAAGUCAAACAGGCGAUGGAGGUGGUGGUGAUGUGAUCAAUUUAAAUGACCAUUUGAUUAACAAUUCAACAGGAUAUAUAAGCUCAGAUAUGGGCAGUGGAGGAGGUGGAGGGUUGGGUAUGGGCCAUGUUUCCAUGUGUAACUCAAUAUAUUAUUCAGAUAAAUGUCCAACCCUUCCCAGGCUAAUAUCAUCUUCAUCUACAUCAUCUUCACCUUCAGCAAUGACCACAACCACGACUUCAUCAUCGGUAACGAAAAAUUUAAACUCUGGACCACAUCCAAUGUAUCGGACAAUCAGUCAAAGUAAAUUUGUUCAAUUUGAUGAGCCUCGGGAAUUUCAUGAGAUGAAUAUUUGACAGUUCAGGACAACUCCUGUUUAAAAUUUUUCCAAUCGACAGUACGAUACAAUUACAAUCCAAUAUAAUUAAGAUUCAAUCAUUCAUCAUGAACUAAAAAGUUACCAUACUCAUCUUGUAUUAAAUUCAUUCAUGAUUAACUAUCUGUCCAUAUAUCAGCUUCCAUCAUUAUUUUUAUCUCUCAUUAUGUAUCUAACACUCAAUAACUUUUCCACUUUAACUCAUACUCUCUCCCUCUUAAUUGUAUCAUUUUCCGUGCCUUAGUUAUAAUCAAAAUCUUAAACAAUUAAAAUAAUCAUUUAACACUGUUAACUUUUAAUUGACGUUCUUUGCAUCUUAACCAUGAUCAUCUCACCAUAAAAUCUAUAAUAAUAUAAAAUAUCUCUAAGAAAUUUAGCUAAAUUUUGUCUUCUCUCUCUCUCUCUGCUAAAUCAUAAUUUCAAAACCAUUUCCAUGCUUCUUGUAAAGAUCUUUUUGUAUAUUAAUUACUCUGAAUUAUUUUUAAUCUUGAAAAUUGUAACAAUAAAAUCUAAUUGAACUCAUAGACAGUUGAA